UUGCCCUCGUGGCCGGCCGUCAUCCCUCCCGCACUCCCCUGCUGAGGCUUCGACCGCCCGCCCGCCACCCAGCCCUUCUAUCGUAUUCCGUGCUCUUCCUCCUCCACCUGGUGCUCCACCUCGCCGGUCCCCUCGAGCUCGCCACCAUGAAGAGGGUCAAAUCUUCACCAUCACCUUCACAGUCACUCCCACAGCCACACCAGCACCAUGCACACUACGUGCACGCACAGGGGCACCCCUCACAGCAGCAGCAGCAGCAGCAGCAGCAGCAGCAGCAACAACAACAGCAGCAGCAGCAGCAGCAUCACGCCCUUCAACAUCAGCAGCACCAGCAACAGCACCCGCAGCACCAGCAGCACCACCACCACCACCACUACCACCAGCAGCCGCAGCCGCAGCCGCAGCCGCAGUCACAACAGCCGCAUCCCGCCUACCAGCAGCCGCAGCCCCUUGCCUCUUUCCAGCAGCCGCCCGCGCCUUCUCGACACUACCAUGCCAAUGUGGCUCCCUGGCAGCAGGAGUCCCAAGCGCCCGAGGCCGGGGUUGGUCGCGGCGGGCACGAGGAUCGCCGCAGCUCCCUGGCCGCCAUCGUGCCCGACGACUCGCAGGAUGACUCGCGCGACGACUCGCCCGGGCGCGAUGAUGAGGAUGCCCUGGAUGGGCCCCGGACCCGGGGCGGUGCUGGCGGCAAUGCGGGCCGCCAGAAGAUCAAGAUCGAGUACAUCGUCGACCGUCGAAGCAAUCAUGUCACCUACCAGAAGCGCAAGUUCGGCCUCAUGAAGAAGGCCUGGGAGCUGAGCGUCCUCUGUGACUGCAGCGUGUCGGUCAUCAUCUACAACAAUUCCCUCGACCGGAUGUCCCACUACACGAGCGAGAACUUUAACAGCAUCCUCGGCCACCUGAUCAAGAUGUCCGCACACCGGCAGUUCGCCAAUCAGCACGGCCAAGACAAGUACCGGCCCUAUUACGAGCUGCGUACCAACGAAGAUGCCGCCUACUUCCGCCAAGCACGCAUCACCACCUCCCUGAGCGAUGACCCGCGGCCGCCAUCGGACCGGCAUAUGACCUCGGCCGUCCUGGCAGCCACCAUCUACCGCGCGGCCCUGGAUGCCAGCGAGUUGGUCGUGGCGUCCAUGGCCGAGAAGUCCAUGUCCCUGACGGAGAUCAUCGACCAAGCCCUCAACAAUGCCAAGCACUCGCUGGACCUGUACCGGGCCCAGCUUCACCGGGACAUCGCCACCCUGCUGGCCACCGAGGACCCGCGGAACUUGCCCAACCACCCGGCCUACCUGUCGCACUCGCACUCGCUGGCGGCCCAAUUGUCUCUCGGCCAGCUGCCCCUCAACUACCCCGGUGCCGGGGGCUCUGGGGUGGCGGCUCCCGGGGCGGCGUCCGCCCUCCACGGUCUGUCGCCUGCCUUCUGGAGCGGCGGCGGGUCGAUGGCCGCGGCGGCGGCCGUUUCGGCGGCCGCCGCCAAUGCCGCGGCCGCCGCGGCCGCCGCCUCCAAUCCCAACCACCGGCAGGAUGCAUCUCUGGCAGCGUCGGUCGGGCUCCAGCCGACCGCCGCCACUGCCGGGGGGGCUGCCUCCGCCGUCGGAGGACCAGUCGCGAAUGUGGACAUGAUGGCGGCUGCGGCGGCGGCGGCGGCGGCGGCUGCCGCCGCCGGCGUCACGGUCAACUCGCAGCCGCAUGGGAUGCGCCCCGGUACCGGGCUCUAUGUCGCCGGCACGCCCCUUGGCCAGUCUUCGGCGCAAUUUCUCCAAGCCCAAGCGGCGCACCAGCAUGCGCACUUGUCGGCCCCCGGCGCGGCCGCCCCCGCCGGGUCCCAGCCGGUCGACCGUUUCCGAGCCGCCUCUCAACCAAUCUCGGGGGGUGGUGGCCUGGUCCAUGAUUUUGACUCGUCAGCCGGUCCCGGGACCAUGUCGGUGCCCCCGGCGCCGGAGGCCGCCGCCGGGGCCUAUCCCCAGGCCCACCACCACGUCAGCACGCCACAACAACAGCAGCAGCAGCAGCAACAGCCACCACAGCUCCACAGCUACUUCCCCCAGAUCCCGGGGGGAGGCGGCCCGGCCGGGGGGACAACGCCGGUGGUGGCCGGCAUGUCGGCCAUACCGCCUGGAGUCCGGCGGUCAACUCCCGCGCAGGACGCCGCGUCCUAUCAGAACUUGCCGCAGGGGUUCUACAACUUCGCCGAGCAUGCGGCAGGCCUGCGCACGGCCAUGGGCGUCACGGCCACCGGCCACCGGUUUGUCGACCCCUCCGGGCCUGCCUUCGACUUCGAUGGGCCAAGCGUGGCCGGCGCCAACCCGAGCCAGCAGCUGGCACAGCAGCUUUCCUCGGCCAUGAGCCCCUCGCUGUCGGUGCUGACCCAGCAGCAGGCCGGCCAGCUGCUGCCCGCGGGCGACCUGUCAGCCGGGGACUUGGCAGUGGCCGGGCUGGCGGUCCCGUCGCAAUCCUCCGCCGACCACCUGCCUGGGCACCUUACCCGCCACCACUCGGAUGGACAGCUGGGCAUCGGGGCCGGGGGUCCUGGCGUCGGCGGCCUCCAAGGCGCCGCCCUGACCGACUGGAGCAAUCCCUCGGCGAGCGGCCAUGCUCCACAGGGGCAAGCCCCGCUGCCGCCAUCGCAACAGCAGCAGCAGCAGCAGCAGCAGCAGCAGCAGCAGCAGCAGCAACAGCCGCCAUCGCAACCGCAGUCGCAGUCUCAGCCACCGCCGCCGCCGCCGCCGUCGCAACAGCAACAGCAACAGCCACAGCAGCAGCAGCAGCAGCCCACCGCGGAGAAGGGUUUUCAGCAGGCCCCGUUCAUCGACCAGGGGCAAAUCAAUCGGUCGAUGGCGGCGGCAGGCACUGGUGACCGGGCGCCGGCGGUGCCAUCGGCGGCGGCCUCGGCCAUCGCCGACCUGGCCGUCCCCCGGCCCGGGGGACCGAGCGACACCGGGCCAGGCCAUGCGGUGCCUCCUGUCCCGGGUGAUGGCCGGUCGCCCGCCUCGCCGGUGGCCUCGGCGGCCGGGCUGCCGCUUGGGGAUUCGCACGCGCCGGGGCAAGUGCUGACCAGCGCCGGGCUGGCUCCUCCCUCCUCCUCCUCCUCCUCCUCCUCCUCGGAAAGGGAGCCCCCGAACGCCGAGGCUUUUCAGAAGGCUGUUUUCCCUGCUGGCAGCGGGAUGAGCAGCAUGCGCCUGGGGUCAGUCGCCUCCUCCCCCUCCCCCUCUCCCUCCUCCUCCUCCUUCUCCUCCUCCACCACCACCACCACCACGUCCUGCCACAUCUCCAUUCCCCACCUCCCCGUCCCCACUCCCCUCAGCAAUCCGGGCAAAAGGCCGGCCCCUGAGCAGCUGUCACAUCUGUCGGCGACGGUCCCCCGCACCGGUGGCCAGGCCGGGCCGGGUGGCGCACCGCUGGCACGCCACCACCGGAGCCCCCCCCAUCACCAGGCGUCAAGAGGCGAUGAGCACAUGCUGCCACCAAGACCGACCCCGCCACCAAGCGACUACCUGCCCCUGGGGCAUGGGGCCGCUGCUGGCGGCCCGGUGUCACGCGUGCAUCCCCGGGCCGGCGGCCUUUCCGAUGAGGCGCAGCCACAGCCACAGCCAGGUACUGUGGAACCUGUAGCCGGCGGUGGCGGCCACGCGGAGGGCGAUCACUCGCCCGUGUCGCACUUUGGCGGCGGGCCCAUGCGCAUCGGUGGCACCGGCGGCUUGGCCAUCGCCCUGACGGCCCCCUCCUCGGCUGCAUCCUCGACGUCCUCCUCGCCGCGGCCCCAGCAGCAGCCAUUGGCGGGGCCUUCGCACCACCACCCAUCGCACCCGCCGGGCCACCACCACCACCACCACCACCACCACCGCCACCAGCACCACCAUCACCCACAGUAUCACCGUCAUCAUUACUCGCCCCAGCCACCCCAACUGCAUCACGAACACCCGACCAAUGGCGCCGGCCCGCUUGCCCGGCAGCAACAGCAGGAGCAGCAGCAGCAGCAGGUACAAUCCCCGCGCCACUACCACCCCCAUGGCGUCAGUGAAUGCUCCGCGGGGCCCGGGCAGGAGGCCGGCUGCCUUGCAGUCGCGCAGCCUGCAGCCGGGCUGCCUUUGGCCGAUGCAUCGCCGCGCGACCGGGGGGGAGCCUCUCCCAUGUCCUUCGGCAUGGCUGCGGCAGCCCCUCCAACCAAAGGGGGCACAUCGGAUGGGCCCUUUGCGCCGCUCAAAGCCACGCCCAGUCACUUCGGCGGCCUGGUGCCAGCCGGCUUGGCCAGGCUGGACCAGCCGUAUGACGGCCCCGGGACCUUGCCGGGACCCGGCGGCGAGGACUCCCCUUCACAUGGUGGCGCCGGGUAUGCCGCCGGCUCGGACACCACGGUGGUUGUGGCUCCCUCGCCAGCGGCCGACGCCCUCGGCGGCGGCGGCGGCGGCGGCGGCGGCGGCGGCAACACCCCUGGCGGGGAGUAUUUCGGUCCCGGCGGGCCCGGGGAACACGAUGUGCCUUUCCCCCUGGUGGGGGGUCUGGGCGGUAUGGGGGGCGCCGGCCGGAGCGCGCACGCGUCGUAUGGCGGCGAUGGCGAUGCUGCGCCCGGCAACAGCGUCCAGGCUCACCAUGGGCCCCUUGACGCCAAGCCCGGGGGGCUUACCAGCACCACCCUCACCAUCAUCAAGCCCGCCAUUAUUGCCAGGAGGACGGAGGUGUAG